AUGCUUUGUUCGGCGCUACUUGUUGCCGCCCUAACAUGUCUGCACAUUUACAUGCGGCUUCUCAACAGACGCGAUCGAAGGAUGCUCGCGCACUUGCCCACCUACUCCUGCCUACCUUUUAUCGGCAACAUGCACAGAUUCAUCGGCGACGGAGAACGGGCACUGCGCCAUUUAGACAAAAUAUCGCAGAUCACAGAGAAGACUGGUAAACCGUUCGUAGUAUGGGUUGGCCAGAGGUGUUUCUUAGUUCUGGCAGAUCUUGAAGAAACAAAAAUCGUGGCGAACGCCUUCAUAGAGAAGCCCUAUUACUACAAGUUCGCACAUAUGUGGCUGAGGGACGGACUCCUCACAGCACCAGGGUGCGUCUGGAGGAGUAACGUCAAAAAGAUCUCAGGCACGUUCAAGGGUGUGAUGGUAGACGGAUUCCUUCCCAUUUUCAACGAACGAGCCGAGAAGUUGGCGAAACUCUUGGAGGGAGAGUCGAACAAGGAACCGUUCGAUAUGACGCACAAAUACUUGGCUUUCAUAGCACUGGAGGCGAUUUUUCAGACAGCGCUCAGCAAGUCCGAGAAAGUAGAGAAUACCGUAACUGAAAACUAUUAUAAUGCGUCGCAGCGCCUACUGGAGCUAAUUUUUGAUAGAUCCCUUAAUAUAUUUCUGCAUCCCGAAUGGAUUUACAGCUUGACGCCCGCUUACAGGGAGAUGAAGCGAUGCGUUCGCGUGAUACACGAAGCGUCCGAAGCUAUUCUGAAAAUUAGAAGAAAUGAAUUGGAAGUAGAGAAAACAACAAUUGCUCAGAAAACAACGGAUGCAGGUGACGAACCGUUCAGAUCGUUCCUGGACACUCUCUUGGAUAUGAGCUCUACGGACGACGCCUUGACGGACAGCCAAAUACAGGCCGAGGUGAACACAAUAAUAUUGGCGGGCCAGGAGACGGUAACGACGGCUGUCAACUUCGUGUUCCUCAUGCUCGGGUGCAGGCCGGACGUGCAACGAACGCUGUACGAGGAGGUGAAAGAGGUAUUCGGCGAAAGGAAACGCGCCGUUUUGAAGGAGGACCUACCUCGUCUUAAAUACUGCGAGGCAGUGAUCUUAGAGACGAUGAGACUGUUGCCACCGGUCCCCGGGGUAUUGCGCUCCGCUGACCACGAUUUGGACCUCGGGUCGUACACGGUGCCGAGGGGGGCGACCUGCUGCCUGAACUUGUGGGGGCUGGGCCGUUCGCGGCGUCUGUGGAGCGACGCGCUCUGCUACCGGCCCGAGCGCUGGCUACACCCGAACAACGAACCAGCACUGCCCAUACUCAACUUCAGCAUCGGCAGGCGGGCUUGCAUCGGAAAACGAUACGCACUGUCUUUGAUGAAAAUCAUCAUUGUGCAUUGCGUGAGAGAAUUUGAGUUUACGUCUGAAGCGGAGAACUUGGCGUUGAGAGUGGAUAUAUCUUUACGGCCAGCGAGCGGCCAUUUGAUAUGCGUGCGAUCGAGAAAGACUAAA